AUGUCUACUAACUUGAAUUUCGGCCCUGAAUGGAUGCGUGGAGGUUUCUCUAAAAAUGUCAACAACAAUGGUGUUCUCACUGAUUUACCUUUUGAAGAGAACAACAUAAAUGCUUUUAAAUAUUCCAAAGAGUACAUGCUUAGCUUGUAUAAGCCAUCUCCUCAAUUACCUUCUGAUUUCCAACAACAUGAGUAUGUGACUGUUGAGGAAAGCUUACCACCAUUAGCUUUUGACGAAUUGACUGAAAUAGAAAAAAAGCUUCUUGCUGGACCUGUUCAUGUCGAAAGCACUCGUCGUAUCAUUGACAAGAGACAUCGUAUGGGUCAUGAUAACAACAGCAAUAACAACAACAACAACAACAACAACAACAACAACAGUCCCCUUUCUGAAAAUGGACCCAAUAGAUUUGGUGGACGUAAAGGUCGCGAUUAUUUCUCAAAGGAGCCAUCGUUUAGACGUAAUAACGACAAUGAUUUAUUAAAAAAGAAGGAGAAAACUGAAGAUUUGACUUCACCUUUUGGAAAGGCAGAGGAAGAUGCGCCCUGGUCCAAGUCGAUGAAUAGCGGGCCGCUGAAUAAUGAAUUUUUUAAGGAUGAAUCGCCCUUCAGAUCUAGUUUUGCAGGCGAUUUAACAGCCGGUCUGUCAACUCCACCUGGCAUUCCUCCUGUCAGAAAACCAGAAGAUAUCAAGUGGUUCUAUCGUGAUACUUCUGGUCAAGUGCAAGGGCCUUUUGAAGCUCAUGAAAUGCAAGAAUGGUAUAAGGCUGGAUUCUUUACACCCACUCUUCUCCUUCGUCGUGAUGAUGAAAGCGUGUUUGAGCCACUAAUGACAAUUAUUCAAAAAGUGGGUAAUGAUGACCAACCUUUCUUGGUUCCUCGACCCUCAACUGCGGCUCCUGAUGUUUUUGGAUCUUCGGAGGGACUGUUCGGACGAAGCGACAAGUAUAUGCCAUUCGGUGCGCCUACAACCCCCGGAGGAAGUAUUAUCGACAGCUUUUUGAGCGGAUCUACUCCCUCGCCAUUAUACCAAAACCCUUACAGUUCGUUCGGAGGCUCUUUGUUGAGCAACAAUCGAUGGAACAAUGGCUCUCAACCUCUAGGUUCACCAGCUUGGUUAAGUCAGUCUUCAGACUUGUUUGGUAACGCGCCAACUGCGGGUAGUCCUCUUGGAGCUGCACCUCUAGGGCUUUCACCCUUCAUCGCGCAACAACAGCAGCAACAGCCAGGGUUGAACCCAGUCUUUGGUUCUGCAGCCAGUACUCCUGGCCUAUUCGAGUAUCAGCGCGUUAUGAACGACCAACUCGGUCAACAGCAGCAACAACAGCAUUACUUGCAGAUGUUAAAACAACAGCAAAUGAUGCAAAUGCAGCAGCAGUUCCAACAAAUAAAAUUAACUGAGCAACAGCAGCCACAACAAACACCGCCAGUUCCAGCUUCUCAACCCCUAAUGCAACAACAACAACAGGAGCAAGUGCCUUCAUUCGAGCAUGACAAGGUACAAAUGCCAACGGAAAAAACGCAAGUGUCACCUACGUCACUUCAAAGCACAUUAAAGAAUAUUUCACUUGAUCCUAUUGGCAGCAGUCAUGCUUCUCCUGUCUUGAGAACAAACAAUAUCUUAACAGGCGGUAGUGGAUGGGGAUCAGUUCCUGGCACUCCUUUAGCCUCUGAUGCGCCAUCCAGCCCAUGGGGAACUAUCGGAGCAAGUGCUCUACCUUCCAAGGUCACAGAUGAAUUCCAACCCAAAGCACCCGGCGCUCAAUCUCCUAGAACACCUUCAUCACCUAAAAAGGCCGCUGAAAAACCCAAGUUUAAGCCCAUUGUUGAAUCAUUUGCUGAUAUUCAAGCAGAGGAAAAGGAAAAAGAAAAGGUCAAGGAAGCAGCCAAAGCCGCUGAACCUGUCAAACCAAAAACAGCUCCUGUCAAGGCAAAAGUUGAAGCAAAGGCUCCUGCUGUUGUUGCUCCUAAAACAACUAUAGUUUCACUUCGAGAAAUUCAAGAAGAAGAAAUGAGAAUUGCAAAAGAAAAGAAAGAAAAGCAAGCCAAGGUCACGUCCACAGCUUCUACUUGGGUUUCAACAAGUUCUCCUUCGACAACAACAACAGCGGUAACAUCCCUUUCAACCUGGUCUCAACCCGUGGUUGAAAAGCCUCUCUCUUUGCGUGAAAUUCAGGAAAUGGAAGAAAAGAAUGCUCAGAAUAAAAAGGAGAUAGUUCCUGAAGUGUCAAUCCAUACUUCAAGUAGUAGUAGCAGUAGUACGAUAUCAUGGGGAGUGGUUGCUCCUAACAAGACUGUGACAUCCGCUAAUGGCACGACUAGUUCUACGGCUGUGUGGUCUGCUGCUGUCAACAGUGCUCCUAAGAAGACGUUACGUGAAAUUCAGUUGGAAGAAGAAUUGGCCAUGAAGAAAAAGAACGCGACUAAGGCUGUCAAGACUGAUACGCCCACUGUCGCCUCUAUCGUUGCUUCUUCUAAACCUCUUGUCGCUUCUACAGUAGUCCCUUCUACUGGCAAUGAAGGCUGGACUACUGUCUCCCACGUUCGUGCUCCUAAACCAGCGCCAACCCCCGCUCCAGCCCCCGCUCCUCUCGUAAAGGAACCUAUAAAAUGGGAGCCUGUUAAACCAGCCGUUCGUCCACCUGUUGCCCGUGGUCCUAGUGAAGAUUUCCGUCGUUGGUGCAGAAAGGCAUUGAGAGGAUUAAACUCUGGUGUGAAUGAAGACGAAAUAUUAGAAAUGCUACUUUCCUUCCCCGUAGACGGUAGUUCUGCAGAGAUUAUUGAAGAUGUCAUUUAUGCCAACUCUCUUAGAAUUGAUGGUAAGAGAUUUGCUCAAGAAUUCAUGCGUCGUAGAAAAGCGGAUAUUGCAGGAAGAACAGAUAUUGUUCUUGCUGGAUUAGAAGAAGAGGAUGAUGAUGAUUUUAAAGUGGUGACAACCAAGAAGAACAAAAAGAAGACCAUGGCCUAA